CUCUCUCUUACUGCUCAACAGAUCGAAUCAUAUUUUCCUACACCAUCGUCUUCUUCUUCUUCUUCUCCUCUGUGUCUCUGCUUCUUCAAUUCCCUCGUGACUCCAAGGCUGAGCCUAGUAUUUAUAGACAAACAAAAACCAGUUGGAGGACGAAGAAAAUACAAGCGGAAGACAUAAAGGGGAAGAUGCUCAAGUUCUUAAAGGGAGUAGUGGCUGGAUCUGGUACGGGGCUCAAGGAUCUACCUUACAACAUGGGCGAUCCUUAUCCCUCCGCUUGGGGCUCCUGGUCUCAUUUCCGCGGCACCUCCAAGGAUGAUGGAUCUCCAGUGUCAAUAUUUUCACUUUCUGGGAGCAAUCCCCAGGAUGGGCAUUUAGCUGCAGGUCGUAAUGGUGUCAAGCGUCUCCGUACUGUGAGGCAUCCAAAUAUUCUGUCAUUUCUUCACAGCACCGAGGUUGAAACUUUUGAUGGUUCUUCUCCGAAGGUCACUAUCUAUAUUGUCACUGAGCCUGUUAUGCCUUUGUCCGAAAAGAUCAAGGAACUAGGUUUAGAAGGGACUCAAAGAGAUGAAUACUAUGCUUUGGGUCUGCACCAGAUAGCUAAAGCUGUUAGCUUUUUGAACAAUGAUUGUAAACUUGUUCAUGGGAAUGUCUGCUUGUCAAGUGUUGUUGUCACACCAACUUUGGACUGGAAGCUGCAUGCUUUUGAUGUCCUAUCAGAGUUUGAUGGACAUAAUCCAGCUGCUAGUGGACCUAUGCUGCAAUAUGAAUGGCUUAUUGGAUCACAAUACAAGCCAAUGGAAAUGCUAAAGUCUGACUGGGCUGCAAUCAGAAAGUCUCCACCUUGGGCCAUUGAUUCAUGGGGCUUGGGGUGUCUUAUUUAUGAACUCUUCUCAGCUUUAAAGUUGAGCAAAACAGAGGAACUGCGUAACACUGCUUCCAUUCCGAAGUCUUUACUUCCAGAUUAUCAGCGUCUUUUGAGUUCCAUGCCUACUCGCAGAUUGAAUACAUCAAAGCUUCUGGAAAACAGUGAAUACUUCCAAAAUAAGUUGGUGGAUACCAUACAUUUCAUGGAGAUUCUUAACUUGAAGGACAGUGUUGAGAAGGAUACCUUCUUCCGCAAGCUUCCAAAUUUAGCAGAGCAGCUUCCUCGACAAAUUGUGCUGAAAAAGUUACUUCCUUUAUUAGCUUCUGGCCUUGAAUUUGGUUCAGCUGCUGCCCCUGCCUUGACAGCACUGUUGAAAAUGGGUUCUUGGUUGUCGGCUGAAGACUUUAGUGUCAAGGUACUGCCAACAAUAGUGAAACUUUUUGCUUCUAAUGAUCGAGCAAUUCGAGUUGGUCUCCUACAACAUAUUGAUCAAUAUGGAGAGUCAUUAUCAGGACAAGUUGUAGAUGAGCAAGUUUACCCUCAUGUUGCCACUGGAUUUUCAGACACAUCUGCUUUUCUGCGGGAAUUGACUCUUAAAUCCAUGCUUGUAUUGGCUCCUAAGCUUUCUCAACGAACUAUUUCAGGAUCAUUAUUAAAAUAUCUCUCCAAGUUACAGGUGGAUGAAGAGCCUGCAAUCAGAACCAAUACCACAAUAUUACUCGGAAAUAUUGCUAGCCACCUAAAUGAAGGGAUGAGGAAAAGAGUUUUGAUUAAUGCAUUUACAGUCCGUGCAUUGCGUGACACUUUCUCCCCAGCACGAGGAGCUGGAAUUAUGGCUUUAUGUGCCACCAGUUCUUAUUAUGACACAACAGAGAUUGCAACUCGGAUUCUUCCUAAUGUUGUUAUACUCACCAUCGAUCCUGACAGCGAUGUCCGAGCAAAAGCAUUUCAAGCAGUUGAACAAUUUUUGCAAAUAGUGAAACAGAGCCAUGAGAAGACAAAUGAUGGAGAUAUUAGCGGUGCUGCAGCAGGAAUCUCGUCUAUGCCAGGAAAUGCCAGUUUGCUUGGAUGGGCCAUGAGUUCCUUGACCCUGAAAGGUAAAUCUUCGGAACAAGCUUCACUUGCUUCUGCAGUUACAGCCACCUCUACUUCCACAACCUCUGAUUCAAGCUCCAUAAUGGAGACUCCAAAUAGAACACCUAUUCAUGUAAGUACAAGCAUAGACUUGGAUGAUCAACCUGCACCUUCGUCUCCUACUUCAACGGAUGGCUGGGGAGAAAUUGAAAAUGGCAUUCAUGAAGAUCAUGGAAGUGAUGAAAAAGAUGGAUGGGAUGAUCUCGAGCCCCUUGAAGAGCCAAAGCCAUCUCCAGCUCUUGCUAACAUUCAUGCUGCUCAGAAACGGCCUGUCUCACUUCCUGUAUCACAGUCAAGAACGCAAGCUACAAGUCUGCGACCAAAGAAUACAGUGAAGGUGACCAAAAAUGAGGAUGAUGAUUUAUGGGGAUCAAUAGCUGCACCUGCUCCAACAACCACAUCAAGACCUUUAAAUGUGAAAACAGCAGGAACUGAGGAAGAUGAUGACCCUUGGGCAGCCAUUGCUGCUCCUCCACCUACUACUAGAGCCAAACCUUUAGCUGCUGGCAGAGGCCGAGGAGCUAAACCUGCUGCUCCAAGAUUGGGUGCACAACGAAUAAACCGGGCAAACUCAUCUGGGAUGUGAAAUUCAACAAUAUAAUAACAAAAGAAGCAAGAACAAAGUUCUGUACAUCUUUUUUCUCCUCCGGGUGACUGGGUUUAACAUACAAGUGCAGUGAGAAAUCCGUGUCACCCUCAGUUGUAUCCGCUACUUGUUAACAUAUUACUCGAUUUGUAAUACCAUCAUUCUUUCGAUGCCAAGGUGUUGUUUCUUUGAUUUUGCUAUUCAUAUUCAGUUUUCAGUACAUAUCAAAUAGAGUAUGUAGUUGAACAAGCAAACAUUAGAGCUUGUAAACAAUAAUUGAUAUGGUGUUUGUAUGUUAUAUAAAUUGAUGAUAAAUUUUGUCCCAGCAA